AUGGCCUCCACUUCCACCGACUCACCUGACCGCCCGCCUGUUCCAACAACAGGUAUCGCCGCCUCCAUGGCCGCGUGCUGCACGCACCCCCUUGACGUGAUGCGCGUCCGUCUCCAGACCGCCAGCACCAAGACGUCGCUGUCCGCAGCCGUCAAGGACACCGUCGCUCACAAGGGUAUUCGCGGUCUCUACACCGGUCUUACGGCCAGUAUCUUCCGCCAGAUGACGUACAGUCUGACUCGUCUGGGCGCGUACGAUGUGAUCAAGGACUACAUGUCCAACAAUGGCGCCAAGAAGCUCAACAUGGCCGAGCUCACCUUCUGCGCGUCGUCGGCCGGUGCCCUCGGCGGUCUGGCCGGUAACCCCGCCGACGUUGUUCUUGUCCGUAUGAUCUCCGACCCCGCCAAGCCUCUCGCCCAGCAGCUGCACUACCGCAACGCCGCCCACGGCGUGUACCGCAUGGUCGCCGACGAGGGUUUCCUGAGCCUGUUCCGCGGUCUCCUCCCCAACACUGUCCGUGGUAUCCUCAUGAACUCUGCCCAGCUCGUCUCGUACGACACCUUCAAGUCCCUGCUCACCAGCUACGGCAUGGAGGACGGUCUCCCCCUCCACUUUGUCGCCUCGGCCAUGGCCGGUACCGUCGCCACCACCAUCUGCUCCCCUGCCGACGUCAUCAAGUCGCGCGUCAUGCACUCGCGUGACCCCCUCGGCCCCCUGCAUGUCAUCACCACCAGCUUGAAGAACGAGGGUCCCAAGUUCAUGUUCAAGGGAUGGCUGCCUUCGUGGAUCCGCCUCACCCCCAACACCAUCUGCAUGUUCGUCUUCCUCGAGCAGCUCCGCCACGUCGUCGACUUUGUGCGUGAGCCCAAGGCCGUCGUCCCCGCCACUCUGAAGUAG